ACUUGAAAUGUUACCGCGCGCGUUUCUUUAAUUAUUUGUGUAUUUAAAAUGGAAAUAGAUGAGUCUCCUAGAACGAAUAUCAAGUGUUUUAAAAGCCAUGUGAAGUGUCUGGGACCUUUAAAUAUCGAUUACAAUGCAUCCAGCACGACGUUCAUACUGUGGAAUAAGUACGAAAUGUACGUAUACGAAAAUUUAAAAUUUGAAUGUGCGUCGAAUAUAAUAAUGCCCGAAUUUCAUAUCUUUCAUCUUAUAUCGUCUAAUAAUUUCAUAGUCUGCUUAGAUUUCGAAGGAAACAUACACUUAACGUCUAUGAAAUUUAAGCAGUCUGCACCAAAGCGAUUAAAAACGAUCUUUUUACAUAAAGAAAAAUGUAUUCUGAGUUGUACACUAUACACUUCUCAAAAACUAAUAAGUUUGAAAUUGGAAUGUAACACGUAUUAUCUGUGCAUAAACAAUUUAAAUUCGGAAUUUGAUUUGGAAAAGAAAAUUAAGUUGACACUGCCUAAUGAAAACAGCCAGCCAUUACAAGAGGAAUUAAAAUCGUAUAUUUUAAAGUCUUACAAAUUAUAUAAACAAUACGAUAAUUUAAAUAGAGUUUUCAAUAUAGAUGGAGAUGUAUCUAAGGAUUAUAAUUUAAUUAUUAUUAGUUUUGACAGAAGAGUUUUAUAUGGAUGUGUUAUUUCACUAAAAAUGCAAGUAAAUGAAAUAGCGUUACAAAACCUUCUUAGUGCUCCAACAAGUAUUAGUGAUGUAAAAGUGAUUGAAGACCUUGAGUAUAUAUUAAUAAGUUUAGAAUCAGGUACAUUUAUAAGAUUAUUACUGGCAGAUUUAAAUAAAAAUGAUAUUGUUCAUUUAAAUAAAAACAUUUCGAAAUGUGUACCAUACAAUGAAUGUAUAAUAUACACAGAUGGUAUAACAAUGUGGAAAUCAAAUAAUACAUUUAAACAAGAUAUAAAUUUCCAACAAUUUCAUAUAAAUCAAAUUAAAGAUUUUAUAUGUUUCGGUGAUCAAAUCCUAUGUACGACAUUUACGAAUUUAAUAUAUUUAUUUACUAUUGAUAAUGAAAUAUUUAUAAAAUCGUCAUCUGAAUAUUGUGAUGCUAAGAAAAUUCUCAAUGAUGAUACAGGAUGUGUUUAUAAAAUAUUAGAAGAAAUUGAACGAAAUUAUAAGUUAGAAGAGAAGAUUAAAGAGGAAUGUAACUAUAUAACAUCUUUAUCAUUAUCUAAUCGUCCUGAUAUACUAGAUAGUGUUAUUACAUAUUCAAUCAUCCUUUAUAAUACUUAUGAAGAUAUUUUAAAAGAAUCUAUAGAUUUGACAUUAACGGAAAAAGUUGAAAGUUAUUUCUCAAACAAUAUAUUUUGCUUAUUAAUAAAAAUCAAAGUAACAUUUGAAAAACAUAAAAUUAAUGCAUUAUUAGAAGUAUUAAGAGAUUUACAAAUACAUAUGACAUUGUUAUCAUCAAAUAAAGUGAUAAAAACUACAUCUGUGAGGGUAGUUGAAGAAUUAAAAAAUAUAAAUUUGCUAAUUCCGUUGAACGGUAAAAAUGUCACAUUGGUUACAACUAAUAUUAAAAUAUUAAAAAGAAUACCAGGAAUGCAGAAGAAUGAAGAAUUAUUGAUAAUUAUGCAUGAGAAAGAAAUAAUUUUAAAUGCAGAGCAUUUUAUAAAAUCUUAUAUAAUGAAACAAAAUAUAACUCGAUUAAAGGAGAUUGAGAAUUCAAUUGAAGAAAUAAUCAAUGAAAUUGCUUAUAAAUCCAGUAAACAUUUAUUUAAAUUCACUAUUGAUAAAACACAAUCAAAUGAAUUUUCAUUUUAUAUGAAAUUGCCAAAUAAUUAUAUAGAUGCAUUUAAAAAUGAAAGUUACUUAAAAAAUAUAUUUAGUACAGAAAAAGCAUUAAAGAUACUAAAGGAAAAUACCUCGGAAGAUUUUUUAAAUGGGAGAAACAAUAAAAUAUUUGAGAUUGGUAACAGUAAAGUUAAAGUUAACAUUAUAAAUGAUGAAUUUACUAAUAACUCAUUGAAAGUUACUUGUGAUGAUAUGAAAAUAGGUUUUGAUGUAAGGAAUUUUUACUGCAACUUGGCCUAUGACAACUUCACUAAACAUGAACCUGGCAGAGAAUUUGUCAGACAUACUUUAUAUACUACAAUUGAGAAUAUCCAAAAAGGUGUAAGACGGUGCAUCUCCGAUGGUACUGAAGAUAAUCUUAAGUCUCUAUUAGAACAGCUUCAAAGCUAUGUGUAUGCAGCAAUGCCAUUAUAAAAAAUCUUGGAUACACACUUUCGAGAAACUGUGUCUUCCCGUCAUUCUCCUUGUAAAAAAUAAAGUGUUUUGUCUGUUGGUAACUAGUCUAUGGAAAGAAAAAUAAAAGAUGUGUAGAAUAUAAUUA